AUGCCUCAGCUUGACAUGGACCGGACUUGGACUCUUGACCGUGACGACCUGGUUAUUCGACAAAUUCUGCCUGAUCUCUUCAUGUCAUACCGCAAGCCCAACCACAGUUUACCCCCUUUCCAGUCCCUCUUGAAGGAUAUUGAUGGACUCACCGACGCCACCUCGGACUUAUGUCUCCCUGCGUUUCUGUACCCCUUUGCCACUCGUCAUUCUACCCUCCCCGCUGACGGACUUUUCUGCGCCCCCGCACUGCUCAGAGCCUAUGGACAUCUGUAUCAGAGGCAUCGCCUCUCUAUAUCCGGACCAUCUCCACUUUACUCACCCAACCACAAAGACACUAUCCAGUAUUUCAUUCCUUCCCUCUGUUAUCUUGUUACCAGACUCCGGUUUGUCUUUACCGAGCACAGACCAUCGGAGAUCAUUGGCUCUACCACACACGAUCCACGCGUUCACCUCCAUGGCCCCGGAAUUCAUUCACUCGAUUAUGUGGAAUUUUAUCAGUCUCUCAUAACGUGGUUUAUCGACAAUUGGCCCUCCGGCGACUCCCACGCAAUCUACCAAUAUUGGAUAUCUCACCUGCCUGGUGCCCAUCCUGAUCUUGCUUCCCUCAGCUUCCUCAAAUAA